AUCCUUAAUUCCAUUGAACCAUGAUCACCAUAGAUAGAAAGGCACGUGAGUGCACGUGCAAUAAGAGUAUAUUGUCUCCUUAUUCUUUAAAAAAACAACCGUUUUUUCAGGUUUUUAAAGAGACAUCAUAAUUACCCACACUGUUGGUCACCACUUGUUGCUAUUAUUCGACUGCGGAUCCAAAGUCCCCACCUUUCUUCGUUUUCUUUCUUGGAUUCUUCCACUUUCUCUUACAACAUCGGCUUUCCCGGUAACCCAUUUGCUAAUUUUCCCGUCAAAAAUAAAAAAAGAAAAAGGUUCCUAAUAGUACAGGGUUUCCUGAACUUGAUACUGAUCAUACCUACCUUUCUUCAUUUUCUUUCUUGGAUUCUACCCCUUUCUCUUGAACAAUCUACUUUUCCGGAAAAUAACAGUUGAUUUUCGAGGGAAAAAAGAAAGAUCCGAAUAAUACAGGGUCUCUUGAACUUGAUACUGAUCGUAACCAUUUCACUAGCUUCUUGUAAUUAGAUUGCAAUGGCAGCAUCAAGAGAGGUGUCAAAUAUGAUAAAACAAGGGUUUAUUUCAGACCAAACGCUUUCUUUUUCACCUUCGAGAACAACUUCAACAACCACAAUUUCUAGGGUUUUAAACUCUCCCAAUUCUAAGACCCUAAUGUCUCCACCUCAUUUCAACUCCAAUGAGUCAACUCAACCACCAACUCGCCCGGGUCACCAUCCAACUCUCUUCCAAAUGAUGUCCGAGGAGCAAGCCCUUGAGCAAAAUCGCCAAAGAUCUCAAUCAAAAAUUUCAAAAUUGGUAAAAGAAUUUGACAACUUGAAUAAUUGUGGGCUGGGAUUGGGUGAUGUGAGGCUUACAGUGAUAGGGAAAGAUGGGUACAGGGUUUCAUUUGAUGUGCAUAAAAGGGUUUUGAUGGAGAAGAGUGGAUUCUUUAGGGAGAAGUUAAGAGAUGGAGAAAAGGGUGUAAUGCAUUCAGUAGAGAUAAGUGAGUGUGAUGAUGUAGAGGUUUACAUGGAAACUCUUGUUUUGAUGUAUUGUGAUGAUUUGAAGAAGAGAUUGUUGGGAGAGGAGGUCACGAAGGUCUUGCAAUUGCUCAAGGUAUCUGCAGCAAUCAUGUUUGAUGUUGGGAUUAUGUCAUGCUUAGAAUAUUUGGAAGCUGUACCAUGGUCUGAAGAUGAAGAGGAAAAGGUCAUAUCUUAUCUCGGUCAACUUCAGCUUAAUGACUCAGCUACUGAAGUUCUGCAAAGAGUAUCGUCUGAAUUAUCUACUACAAAUGCUGAUGAUAUCUUCCUUAGACUGUUGAACGGUGUCUUACAAGCCAAAGAUGAUAAAGCUCGCAGGGAAAUGAAAACUGUAAUUUCUAGAUUAUUUAGGGAAGACUCAUCUGAUAAUGAUAGUAGGCUUGAUGUUUCUAAAAGUACACUUUAUUCUCUCUGCCAUGGAUGUCUUAGUUCGCUCGUCUUCUGCUUAUCUGAAGCUACAUGCAUGGAUGAUGCCAAGCGUGAUAGAGGAGGUUUAAUGAAUGAAAUAGCUCGAGAGGCUGAAAAUUUGCAGUGGAUUGCUGAUAUUCUAAUUGAUAAAAAAGCAGCAGAUGAGUUUGUAAAACUAUGGGCAGACCAGAAGGAACUUGCAAGUCUCCAUCCAAAAGUUCCUACUAUCUACCGACAUGAAAUCAGUAAGAUUACAGCGCAACUAUGUAUUGCCAUUGGGAGAGGACAAAUCUUGGUGCCAAAAGAAACUCGGUUUUCGUUGUUGUCUACUUGGUUGGAAGCCCUUUAUGAAGACUUUGGAUGGAUAAGGAGGGCUUGUAAAUCCGUGGAUAAGAAACUGGUUGAAGAUGGAUUAGGGAGAACAAUUCUUACCCUUCCAUUGCUGCAGCAACAAGCUAUUUUGCUAAAUUGGUUUGAUCGAUUCCUUAACAAAGGCGAUGACUGUCCUAAUAUCCAAAGAGCGUUUGAGGUUUGGUGGAGAAGAGCUUUCAUCAGACAAUAUGUAGGAGAGCAGAACAAUUCCCAGUUACAAAUAACUGUUUGUGAUUAUCCAAACUGAAAGGUAUUCUCUUCAACAAAGCCAUAUAAAGUGGAAAGCCAAGUGUAUAUAUAUUUAGUGAUAUUCUUUUGUCAGCUUA